ACUAUCUCACACUAGUAAACAUCAUGGCAGAGUAUGGAGCACACAUCACCAUCACAGCCAAAGACAGACCUUCAAUAUUUGAUGUAGUGGCUCAAGAUGGCCUCAUGUCCACCUUACAACCAGCAGUUAAACAUAUAAUGAAGGUAAUAGCAGAAAGCAACCCUGAGAAACAUGGAUGGUGUCUCAAGUACAGUGGUGAAAUAUUUAUGGUAUUUGAUCUUGUUAUACAGCAUCACUACUUAUCCAAUUAUGGUGCAUCAUUUGCUGAAAAUUUCUACGAUCUCAAGAGAGUUCAGCUGAAGGCAAACGGAAGCAUAAAACCACUAACUCUGUCUAAUGAAACAUACACGAAGUCAUUGUUAGCACUUGGGGCUUUCCCUUACCUUCGCAGUCAGAUGGACAGUGUUUAUCAGGAUAUACAGGAGAAGGAUGCAGAUGGUAGACUGUCAGAGGAGGGUUGGAAGGUUAAGAUACAGAAGGUGGUGCUGAAGGUGUGGCCUCUGCUGCACCUCUCAUGGGAGUUAUUAACACUUAUAUAUUAUAUCAGGUAUUUGAUAGGAAGGAGCAGAUUCCAUAGUCCACUUCUGCUACUGACUGGAGUUCGUCUGGCAAAUCUCGACAAGGAAGAUUAUGAAAUUAUCGAUGCAAGGGCAGAACAGUUGUUAUCCUUCACGAAUGUCAGAAGCCUACAGGAUCUUGGACAGUGGUUGAUGGAGCAGGUUGGUUCCUCCUUGAUGAACUCUCUGGAAGUUGGGGCGUUUUUCCUACAGUUUCUGGAUUGGUUUUAUUCCAGUGGCAAUACUCCGAGAUCCCUCAUGACUCGGCCCAUCCCGCCACCACCACAGACUGCAGGGAUACAGAGCAUUAGUGGCCUGAAGACUGAAGACUGUCCAAUAUGCUUCAAGACUAGAAAACAAGAUACUGUCUUGUCUGUGUCAGGGUACGUCUUCUGUUAUAGCUGCAUCUUACCCUAUGUGAGGCGUGAAAACAAGUGUCCAGUGACGGGAUAUCCAGCAUCUACUACUCAGGUCAUCAGAAUAUACCAAGAAAUAUAAUUAAUUAUGAUGAAUUAGUGCCAUUAUUAAUAUUACUGAAAUGAAUUAUAAUGAUGUAUGUGAUAUUGAUGUACAAUACUGUACAUCAGAGCGAACACAGGUUACCUCCUGUCCCAAAGGUUGCUAGUUCAUCCUAGGGCUCCCCACAGUUUAGAAGUGAAGGCAGCUCAAUGCAGUGUUAGCCCAUAUGGCAUGUUUUCCCAUGAUGCAGAGAAUGUCUUUGCUAUAGUCUGUUCACGCAAACUUUACAACUGAGGCCUAGGGUCAGUGUGUAGCAAGGCUGUUGAUUGUUUAGUGGAUGGACAUGUGAAGAGUCACUACAGUUCAUUAUUAUUUAAUAUAUCAUAUUUAUAUUAUGAUACUUUAAGGGAUAGUAACUUUUCUGUGUUGAUCUCUGAUAAUUUCUGCACUUAGGGAAGCACAAAUUAGCCUGUCAAAAUGCACUGGAUGAAUAAGUGAGUGAGGAUGUUGCUCAAAUUUUGUAAUCUUUUUCUUCUUUAUUAUAAGUGCAGAAAUUAUCAGAGAUCAACACAGAAAAGUUACUAUCCCUUAAAGUAUCAUAAUAUAAAUAUGAUAUAUUAAAUAAUAAUGAACUGUAGUGACUCUUCACGUGUCCAUCCACUAAACAGUCAACAGCCUUGCUACACACUGACCCUAGGCCUCAGUUGUAAAGUUUGAGUUAACAGACAAAAGUAUAGUACUUACUGAGACUGCCAUGUAGUGUGUUUCAGUUAACCAUAAGUUUGUUACAGGAGGGCACACAAGUUAAAUGUUUUAUACAUGUCAAAGAUUUAUAUUUUUAACCAAGUACAAAGGUCAAGUAAAAAAAUAAAAUUGUAUGUAUAAUUUGAGCAUUUAUUUAUUGACCCUUUUAUUAUUAAUAUAAAACUUGUAUUAUUUAUAAGUACAAGUUAAAAUAUUUACCACAAUCAAGUAGAGUUAAGACAAAAGUUAACCAUAAGGUAGAAUGGGUCCCAGCUGUACAUCCUCCUCCUCAAUCUGACCAUUGCUACUGGAGCCAACCCUAAUUGUUUGUUAGCUUGAGACAUAGGACUGGGGUUACUAUCAUCACAGACAAAUCAAGAUUCAAGUAUCGUAAACUAAGUUACAGUCUAAUGUGAAAUCAAUCACUACUUGGUACCAUAAAUUAUCUAAAGAGUGCAAUGGGCCCCAGUUUUAAUUGGCCAAAAUACUGAUGGUCAGGACAUUUUAAGAGCAUGAAAGAACAA